UUGGUGUUGCACGCUUUAAUAUCUUUCUUCGCAUACACUCGCCGUUUUGCUCUUUUACUCCGCAUUGUUCCCCUGUCACUUUCUUCGCCGGAUAAAUUUUCCCGGAGGAAAACCUGUGAAGCAAAUCUCAUAGCUUUAAUCAUGUCAAGGCCUGGUCAGCUUCCUCCUCGUUGCCCGAUUCCAAAGAAGAUGUCCCUGAAUCCGGUUGCAGAUACUUAUUACUCUUCUUCUUCACCCAUUGAAUCAUACAUUGGCCAGUACAACUCUUCCACUCAAGAUUCCACGCUCGAUGAUCAACCAGCUUGGCUUGAUGAGUUGCUGCACGAGAAAACUGAUGGGAUGCUCACUGGAGGUGGUCCUCUGCGCCGCUCAGCUAGUGACUCGGUUGUGCUUUUGGGAGACAUCUCAGCUAACUUCUCUGGUUUUAACCAAAGCGAAGAUGAAGAGAGUUUGACUUCUGAAGCUUGUGGGGAGCUGGAGUCAGCCUGUGUAUAUGGUCCUAACUCGCCAAGAGCGAGGAACAACUCAAGCUUCUCUAACAACCCUAUUGCUUCUGCAUUCUCGGAUUUUGCUUCUCAGAAACCUCCUCAGAACCCAGAUGAUACUGUGAAAGGGAUCAACUCUCCACCUGUGGCAGAAAAUGCUUGCGGUUCAAUGGGCGUACCAAAUGCAAAAAGGAAUCCGGGACAGCGCUCGAGAGUUCGUAAGCUCCAGUACAUUGCUGAACUUGAAAGGAGGGUAUCCAUGUUGCAGACGGUGGAAGCAGAUUUAUCAGUGAGAGUGGCUUCACUUCUUCAGACACGUGCAACACUUUCCCUGGAGAAUAGCCAGUUGAAGCAGCAGAUGGCGAUACUGAAGCAGGACAAGCUCAUUAGGGAAGGUGAAUACCAGCUACUGAAGAAGGAAGCUCAGAUAUUGAAAUCUGGAUUGGGAAACUUAGGAAGCAAUAACAACAAUAACAGGCUGGUCAGGUCAUACUCUGCUGGUUCAAAUAUAACUCCAAGGACAGCUUCGUCACACUUGGACUGGAAGUUGCUGGAUCUGACCAAACUCAAUCUCAACUAGAGACAAGAAUCCCCCACAAGAAGAAUAAGUAGGUUAAAGAAUGCUAGAGCUAAUAACAUUUUCUAUGUUUGAGAAAAGGACAAAAUCUUUUUUUUGAUCUGUAUAAAUAUGAUUUAGCAGACUAUAAAGUAUCCCACUUUCUGGGUGGAAAGUAUGGGACUUGGUCUGUUUCUUUUAACUAAAUAUUGGGAUUCUAAUGUUGUAAUCAUAAUUGUAGUUGCUCAUUGUGGUGGAUUUGAAUGAGUAGCUUUAAGGAGGGAAUAUAAGCAACUUCUGGU